AACAAAACGGGUCGUUCUCAAGGCCACGGAUGGAACCGGGGCGUCCGCGUGAGAACCCCCCCGGAUCCGGGGAGCCUGAGUCAGGCGAGUGGAGAGAGGAGAGCGCCGCGGCGGAGACCGGGGAGAGGGACGACACCCUGAAAAACAGGAGCGGGGAUGGAGGAAACGAGGAAAUCACGAGCAAAACCGAGAGCACCGUGGUGGCGGACAAAGAUAAGGCUGAGUUUGAUGAAGACGAGGAGCAAUAUGAAGAAGAGCUGGACCCCAGGAUUCAGGAGGAGCUGGAGCACUUGAAUCAGGCCAGUGAUGAGAUCAACAGACUGGAACUACAGCUGGAUGAAGCGAGAUCCAGCUACAGGAGGAUCCUUACAGACUCGGCACGCAAACUCAACGCUCAGGGCUCUCAGCUGGGAGCCUGCAUUGAGAAAGCCAGACCUUACUACGAAGCCCGUAGACUCGCUAAAGAGGCUCAACAGGAGACCCAGAAGGCAGCGCUGAGGUACGAGAGGGCUGUCUCCAUGCACACGGCUGCCAGAGAGAUGGUUUAUGUGGCUGAGCAAGGUUUAUUGGCUGACAGGAACACAUUGGACCCUACCUGGCAAGAGAUGCUAAACCACGCCACAGCCAAGGUGAACGAGGCAGAAGAGGAGCGUUUGAGGAGCGAGAGGGAGCACCAGCGCGUCACUCAGCUCUGUCAGGAAGCAGAAGCGCGUGUGCAGACUUUGCAGAAGGCUCUUAAGAGGGUCAUUAUCAAGUCCAAGCCUUAUUUUGAGCUCAAGGCUCAGUUCAACCACAUCUUAGAGGAGCACAAGUCCAAAGUCGUCCAGCUGGAGGAACGGGUGGCGAAGGUGAAGACCCGAUAUUCUGUCGCCCUCCGCAACCUUGAGCAAAUCAGCGAGCAGAUCCAUGCGCAAAGAGGCCGCAUUCGUGCCGCCAGAGAGCGCAGCAGAGCGCGUGGUGGGCGGAGCUCUCCGGUGGGGGCGGAGUCUGAGGGUGUAAUCCAGGCGGGGGCGUAUGGAGGGGUAGUGGCCAAUCCUUUAAUGGAUAAUGACUGGGCCGAUCAGGAGAAAACCAGGCAGUGGGUGGAGAAACACAGGGAGGCGGGGUGGGGCCAGAGAGAGAGGGUGGAGAAGGCAGGGUCAGACUCCAUGUCAGUCAUCAGCCUGCAAACCAUCGCCUCCGAUCUGGAGAAGUUCGAUUCUGUGGAGCACUUGGGCGACCUCAGUGACGUCGGAAGUAUAAUAGGUGAGGAGAAAGAGGCGGAGAGCGAGAGAGGAUUUAGGGUGGACGAUAGAGUAGUAGAGAAAGAGGUGGCGAACCUGUCGAGACAGGAUGCGGAGAAAGGUGCCUCGGGGACAGACAGACAGCAGAGAGAUAGAGAGCGAGAGAGCUUUGUGAAGCAGCACCACAGAAGUGUUAGUUUGUGAGGAAGCAGGAAAUUAGAGUUGCCUGUUACUCCACCCCAAUCUUGGAGGGCUAAAGCUUGCCUGCAGGCUUCCAGGCGAGACUCUCAACAGACUACAAAUGAAUCAAACACUCUGCAUUCUCUUAAAGGGACAGAUCACCCCAAAAUACAAACUCUGUCAGUAAUUAUUCACCCUCACGUCGUUCUAAACCCGUACGACCUUUGUUCAUCUUCAGAACACAAAUUAAGAUAUUUUUGAUUGAAUUCGAGAGCUUUCUGACCUUUCAGCGCAACACUAAUUUUAUGCCCAGAAAUGUACGCAAGUAAGUCAGUGUUACAUCGGUGCAUCAUCUGUAAUUUUCCUCUGUUUUACUGAUGUGCUUUCUGGGCCUGGGAACAUUUCAGCUGAGUUGCUGUCUAUGCAAGGUCAAAAAGCUCUCGGAUUUCAUCAAAUACAAUCUUUAAUUGUGUUCUGAAGAUGAAUGUACAUCUUACAGGUUUGGAAUGACAUGAGGUUGAGUAAUUUAUGAAAGAAUUUAAACUUUUGGUUAAACUAGCUCUGUAAAGGAGAAGUGUUUAAUUUCAGCACCCCUUGUGGCACUUAAUGGAAUUGCAAAUGCAUACACAUUCAAAAAGAUACAGAAACGCUUCUGUCAUUGGUCCGAUGAUCCACCCCAAGCGUACGCCAUUGGUUGAGCCAGUGUCGCUGUAUCAGGCUGGUCUGGAUGCUCCAAAAGAGUUUACACAUUUCAGAGAAAUCAACAUACUAAUGGCUUGAUUAUUGCUGCACAUUAAGCUAGGAGAGUAUCAACAAAAAUUACACACUCCAUUUUUAACAGCACUAACUAUGGAAGUCCGUUUCCACCUGAGAGUAAAAAAAAAAACUAACAAAAAUGGGAAUGGUAGAUCAUCAUAAAUUUUGUCAACGUUAAAGCAUUAGUUCAAUCCAGAAUUAAAAUUUCCUGAUAAUUUACUCACCCCCAUGUCAUCCAAGAUGGUCAUGUCUUUCUUCAUUGAAAAGAAAUUGAGGUUUUAGGGAAAAUAUUCAAGGGUUCCUCUCCACAGAGUGGACUUUAACAAUGACCGACCGGUUGAAGAUAUUAAUCACAGUUUUUAAAAGGUCUUAUCUAUUUAAACUAGCUGUCAUUUUCCUCAAAAAACUGGCUCUGUGAUACGCAUCCAUGACUUCAAACAUUGAGCAUUGCAAAGCUAGUGCACGACAGUCAUCUUUGGAUAAAAAAUGAAUAAUUAAAAUGGCGAAUUGUUAAUAAGCCGGAUAAGACCGUUUGAAGCUACAUUGCCGUUAAAGUUGUAAUAAUGAGAAAGUCAUGAUUUUUGUGAUUUUAUUUCACCGAAUUGCAAGAAAUGAACCCGUCUUCUUCAUUGUAUGAAUAUAUAUAGGAUGAAUUUCUUUUCUUUUUUUACUGAAAAUGGUGAAAACUGGCUUACAUAACUAAUAGUCCUACACUGUUCAAAUGAGAGAAAAGCUCCUCCAGGUGUGGUGACUAAGAUUCAGACAUUAAAUUGAAUCCAUUUUUGGAAAUAAGAUAGAGAGUAAUGGAGAGGAAGGAGAAUAUUAUCACACCUACACUGAUUGACGUGGCAUUAUUGUAACACUGCACUAAAGCGGAGGGGGUUCAGAUGUUCUCGGCAAAUUAAUGAAUAACAAUAAGGAGGGUGUAUUUUAGUCAGUCCGCAGGGAUUUGUAGUUCUCACGCUCUGAUCUUGUCUUUUCUUGGUUACCGUUUCACUGUCGGUCAGGGAACAGGGGAAAAAAACACGGAGAAGACACUUCACACAAUGAGAGAGAGGGGGAAAACAAGUGAGAAAUGGAUUGAACAGUGCAAAUCAAACUCACAGCUCUUUCUAUUACCUCAGAAAAGGGAAAUGCUCUUACAGUGGAGGUCUGUGGGUCUAUAGGCUUCCAUUGUUAGUGUGCGACGUUAUGCGCUUUUUGUUUGUUUAAGAGAAUGAAAUUCAAGCCGAUUCUGUGGCGAUGGGUAAUAUGACACCGUUCAUCUGAAUGAACUUGUAUGUAACCUGGGAUAUAUAUAUUUUUUUAUAAUAUCGCUGUAUUUGGUUCCCGUCUCCAGGUCUCUCUAGAUACCUGGAAUAUUCGGGGUUUUUUUUAAAAUUUUAUUUGGCUGUCAGUUGGUAUUAUUUUGUGCAACAUGCAAUAUUAAGUUCUAGGUCAUCAAUUUGUGGCAUUUAUGAUAUAUUUUACUGUACCGUUUUUAUUGAUUUUGAUCUAUUUGAGAGAUUUUAGGUCAGUCGAGGAACGAAAGGGCGUCUUGUCUUGGCAGAAAAUGUUUACAAGUGUGUCAGUUCUGCUGGAUUUUUACAAGAAAAGUUUAGUAAAUAAAACAAAAGUGGAGCGACUGAAUGAUGUGCAGUGGAUGACGUAACUGUUUUGCAGAUACACACUUUGAAAUCGUGUAAUACGCUAGCUGUCUGAACAAACCGUGCUGUGGACAGUACAGUAUUGUUUGCAAGUUUACAUCCAUCUCUCCUGAAUUUUUUUUUGUUUUUAUUUUUUUUGGUAGUUGUUGUAAUUUUUGUCCACAAACCUUGUAAAUCCAUCCUUCCUCCAUCAUAACCUGUUGUGUACAGACUCCUCACCUCUCCUCAUGGUAAAUAGAUGAUGCUCUGUAGAGUUAAUCCAGUAUGCUGCUGUCUCUCUUCAUUCAUUAGGUCACAUGAACUCUAUGUAUAUACAAGCUGUAUGAUGAAUACAAUUAAUCCUUAUGUGACUGAUACUGUAACUUAUUCUGUAAAUGUUAAUUUAUUGCACAGUUAGAGAUAUUAAAACUUGAAUUUAACAACUAAGCUCUUCUUUUUCUUAUUUAAUCUCCCUUGGAGUAAUGAAGGUUGUGAAUUGCUACUUUGUAUCUCCCAGUUGUGACUUUAAGGUAUGUUUUAUAUCUCACGGUGUGUCCAUGCAUCAGAGUUUUGACUUUGCGACACUGUAACUCGUUGCGACUCACAAUUGCGUGCUUAUUUGUCAUAAUUGCGACUUUGUCGACUUUGUUUGUUUCGUGUUACAAAGGGUUUUUGUUCAAAUUAAAUCGUGAAUACACAGAAAACGUAUCCGUGCGUCGCGGCUGAGACAGAAGACGCUGUACGCUGUUUGCAUUCAUUGGAA